CUCUCCACGUCACAAUAAAACAUCAUCAACAAUCUUCAUCUCAUCUCUUCUUCAUACACACAUCGCAAUCAUGUCCAACUCAUUGGAGCAGCUCAAGGCCACUGGCACCACCGUUGUCUCUGACUCUGGUGACUUUGUCUCUAUCGGCAAGUACAAGCCGCAAGAUGCCACCACCAACCCCUCCUUGAUCCUCGCUGCGUCCAAGAAGCCCGAGUAUGCCAAGCUUAUGGAUGUUGCCAUCGCUUACGGCAAGGAGCACGGCGGAUCGGACAUCAACGCCCAGGUCGAUGCUGCUCUCGACCGCCUCCUCGUCGAGUUCGGAAAGGAGAUCCUCAAGAUCGUCCCCGGACGUGUCUCCACCGAGGUCGAUGCCCACUACUCUUUCUCCACCAAGGGUUCCGUUGACAAGGCCCUGCACAUCAUCGAGCUCUACAAGUCCAUUGGCAUCUCCAAGGACCGCGUUCUGAUCAAGAUCGCCUCGACAUGGGAGGGUAUCCAGGCCGCCAAGAUCCUCCAGAAGGAGCACGGCAUCAACUGCAACCUGACCCUCAUGUUCUCCCUCCCCCAGGCCAUCGCCGCCGCCGAGGCCAACGCCUUCCUCAUCUCCCCCUUCGUCGGCCGCAUCCUGGAUUGGUUCAAGGCUGCCAACAAGAAGGAGUACUCCAAGGAGGAGGACCCCGGAGUGGCCAGCGUCAAGGCCAUCUUCGAUUACUACAAGAAGUACGACUACAAGACCAUCGUCAUGGGUGCCUCUUUCCGUAGCAUCGGCGAGAUCACCGAGUUGGCUGGAUGCGAUUACCUCACCAUCGCCCCCAACCUGCUCGAGCAGCUCCAGAACUCCACCGACCCUGUCCCAAGGAAGCUCGAGGCCGAUAACGCCCACAACCUCAAGAUCGAGAAGAAGACCUACAUCAACGACGAGUCGGUGUUCCGCUUCGACUUCAACGAGGACCAGAUGGCCGUCGAGAAGCUGCGCGAGGGUAUCAGCAAGUUCGCUGCUGACGCCGAGACCCUGAAGGAUAUCCUCAAGGAGAAGCUCCAGAACUAGAUUGAUGGGGAGUAGAUUGAGUAGGUGAGGAGGGCGGUUGUAGCCGCGACCAAGGGGAAUGAGGGGGAGAGUGGAAGUAAAAAUUGAAUCGGCGCGGCAGUGCUGUGACCGGAUAGGAACGGAAGUAUAGAUGGUAA